CUGCCUCACGUGGUGCUGAUAGACUGACAGCUGUCCUCACACCCGUCUGUCUGUCCUGUCACGGUCCCUCAUCCUAUCGCGAUACAGUAUUGCUCCAUCCGUCCUGUGUAUGACUGUAUAAUGAAUACAGCUCAACAGCAUGCAUCUUUGAAUCCUCAUCAAGACGGUCAACACUAGUCUACUGCCCCCCAUCUGCAGUCUUCUCACCUGUGUCGUUCUUCACUGCUCAGCUUGAAUGGGAACUGCUCUGGAAAUAGAUGUGCUUCGGGGGUUUCAACCCUCACCACAAAACCAUCCAUAUGAGACAGAAGCAAAUUCUGAAAUCCUAGCGUUGCUGCCUUUGCUGUUAGAAGGUAAUUAUGAGGGUAUUGUGCUGAGUCCAUUGAUGCAAGAGAUUUUUGGUACUUCAGAACCAGGAGAAAAACUUGAGUUGUAUCUAGACAGACAGAUUGCUGCCUUCUUGGACUCCCCUGCAGAGCUGAACAAUGACAGACAACUACUGGUGUUUCUUUUGGGAGUAAGCUGCCUGCACCUCUUUGUACAGAGCAAUUGGACUGGACCACCUGUGCUUUCAGAACCUCAAGAUGUUUUGCACUCCUUUUUGCUCAAGCACUUUACAGAGGGCAAAGCUCUGAGGGCUACGAUUCUGGACACGCUUGUUCUUGAUGGAGAAUCAGUCUACAGCUUGACAGCCAAUCCAAUUUUCUUACUUCUGGCCAGAGUAAUCCUUGUGAACCUCAGGAACAAACUCACAGCAUUCCAGGUGUUACCUUGGUGGACCCUAAGAUGUGUGAACAUUCACCAAAAGCUUUUGGCGGAGCGUUCUCCUGAAUUGUUCUCUGUUGCACAAACCAUUAUUGAAGGAGUUCCAAAGAUUGAAGAUCUGUUAUUGGAAAAAGGAGCUCAAGACCUGCUUGUACAGCUUCAUCUUGAAUGUGGAUAUGUGUGUCUCUAUUUCUAUGACUACAAUAGAGCGAAGGAACAUCUUAAUCGAGCAAGAAACGUGGCUAAGCUUCAAGUUAAUGUAACUGGUGCUUUGGGAAAACGGACACGGUUUCAGGAAAACGACUUGGCUCAACUUGUCAUAGAUGUGCAAAGGGAAGAAGAUUCCUUCUUACGCAAUGGACUGACGCCCGCUCCAACCCCUGUAGAGAACUUGCCUAAGAAUCAUGACUUACAGGAUGACACGGUUCUUAAUAAAAUCAAGCUAGCAGAUCCCGAUCAAUUCCAGAUGCCUGAUUUGUGUGCAGAAGAGCAGGCUCUUAUUCUUGGGAUUUGCAUUGAUUUUCAGAAGAAUAACCCAUCACACAAGUUAACGGAAGAAGAACUGCUAGCCUUUACAUCAUGUUUGCUUUCGCAACCCAAAUUUUGGGCCAUCCAGACAUCUGCAUUGAUUUUGAGGACCAAAUUAGAGAAGGGAAGUUCUCGGCGUGUGGAGCGAGCUAUGAUGCAGACACAGACUUUAGCCGACCAGUUUGAAGAAAAGAGCCCUCCAGUCAUUGAGCGUAUGAAGGUCUUCUAUUGCUCUCAGAUGCCUCCAAUAUGGGAUAUUCAACGUCAGCUUGCAAGCUUACUAUUCGACCUGGGAUGCACCAGUUCUGCUCUGCAAAUUUUUGAAAAGCUGGAGAUGUGGGAAGAUGUUGUUAUCUGUUAUGAACGAAGUGGACAACAUGGAAAGGCUGAGCAAAUUCUGAGACAGGAAUUAGAGAAAGAGGAGACACCAAAUCUUUAUUGCCUACUUGGAGAUGUUCUGCGGGACCAUCAGUAUUAUGAUAGAGCAUGGGAGCUAUCCAAACAUCGCAGUGCUCGUUCACAACGUUCCAAAGGUCUUCUUCAUUUACGGAAUCGCGAGUUCCAGCAAUGUAUAGAAUGCUUUGAAAAAUCUCUGACGAUAAAUCCAAUGCAGCUUGGGGUGUGGUUUUCGCUGGGCUGUGCCUAUAUCACCAUACAAGGAUAUGAAGGGGCUGCAAGGGCUUUUCAGCGUUGUGUCACCCUGGAGCCAGAUAAUGCUGAAGCCUGGAACAAUUUGUCAUCUGCAUACAUAAGAUUGAGGCAGAAGCACAAAGCAUUCCGAACACUUCAAGAAGCUAUCAAGUGCAACUUUGAGCACUGGCAGAUAUGGGAGAAUUUUCUAUUAACCAGCACAGAUGUGGGAGAAUUUACGGAAGCUGUUAAAGCUUACCACAGACUAAUGGACCUUCGAGACAAAUAUAAAGAUGUGCAGGUCCUGAAGAUCUUGGUUAGAGCAGUGGUGGAAGGAAUUGAGGAUCGUAAAGGAGAGUCCACAAGUACCCUGAAGACUAAGUUACAAGAACUGUUUGGGAGAAUAACAGCACGAGAUUCUAGUGAUGCUGAAAUUUGGAAAGGAUAUGCCAUGUUGUAUGGAAAUGGGGAAAGUGAAAAAGCUGAAGAGAAUGAAAAGGCUUUACAGUUUCUCACAAAGGCUCAUAAAUGUGAUACUCAGAAGAGCGGCUGGGAAAAUGACAUUUCAUCAUUCAAGGAAAUAAUAAAAGGGGCAGUUGUCCUUGCCCAUGUGGCAAUUAAAUGCAGCAAAAACAAGUGUAACCCACAGGAAGCUGUCCAGAUGUUGUCCUCAGCUCGUCUUAAUCUGCGGGGCCUGUCCUCUAAAGCAAAGCAACUUUUCACAGAUGUGGCCACUGGUGCGGUAUGUGCAGAACUAGCUGAUGAUGUGAACGCAAUGGACAGUCUUAUCACAGACAUGCAAGAGAGCAGUAACCAGCUGCGGAAUCAAUAUUGAAUGAGAUUCAGGACAAGCAAGCCUAUUGUAUAAUGUUUUCCUUAUAAGAACUUUGGAGUUUCUGCCUCUUAUUCUCACACGGAUCUGUAAUCUGCUUGAGAGUCAUGUGUUUGGCCUAUAUGUAAUGGUUUUGGACACCCUGGAAUAACUACAAUUUUAUUAUUUAUAAAGCACUUAUUCGGGAUUAGUUUUACAUGAGUGCAUCAAGUAAUUGGCCGGGGUCCACAGAAAGAAACUGCUGAUAACUGGGAAAGCUGUAAAUAUCCUUUCUAAUUUACAGGAUAGGUUAACUUUCAGGAUUUAAAGGGUUUGAAACAUAGAGGCACAGAGGGCUAAUAAAGAAUUGUGUUUUUCAUUUA